UUGCAAGUAAUUUCUGAUAUCUGGCUAAGAUAUCCGAGUUGGCACCAAGGAAAUCUGUAGGCUAAGAUAAAACAGUUUAAAAACGGUAUGGAACCAAGUCCAUGUGGCAGUGCCAGCCAUGGCAUUACUAUCUGUUAUUUGCUUGCCAUGUAUUUCUCUUAAAGAAACGUACCCAAAUGAGUUGCGCUUCAGAGGGUCUGUUUCUCUUUCUACAAGUCUUUCAACUUCUAGACAGAGACUUCCUACCCAGUUCAUCUCGCAAAACAGGUUCACUAGACAAUAUCAAACAAAAUGUGUGCAGUCUGCAAAAUAUGCAGUAAACAGCACUUCAGAUAACCAAGUAGAGUCUGAGGAAGAGAGUGAUGAAGAAGUUUGUGAAUUGGUCAAUGGCAUUGAGCUUCUUUUAGGAGAAGAAGAAGAUGACAGCUUCAAUGCUUAUCUCUUAAAGGCUGUAAAAAACAAUAAUGGGGCAGCAGUGCUUUUGUUAAGCGAUGUAUUUGGGUUUGAAGAUUCUGGGACAAGAGACUUUGCUUACCGUCUGUCAUGCAAUGGCUACAAUGUAUUGGUGCCAGACUUAUAUCGAGGAGAACCUUGGCACAAGGACAGACCCCAGAGUGAAUUUGAAGAAUGGCGAAGAAAUCAUCUACCAGCAAGAGUUGCAAGUGACAUUGAUACAUCUGCAAAAUGGCUUUUAGAUGAAUUUUCUGCUGUUGGAAUAUCUGAUAAGUUAGGUAUUGUGGGUUUCUGUUUUGGAGGUGGUCGUUUAGUUGAAACUCUUGCGAGAGAUACACAAUCUCGUUUUGGUGCAGCAGUUUGCUUCUACGGAACCAGAUUAGAUCCUUCCUUGGCUGCUCAAUUAAAAAUACCAGUAUUGUUUAUAGUAGGUGAGAAUGAUCCACUGUGUCCUGUUGACUUGUUGCAUAAAAUGGAGAGUCAAAUAAAAGGAUCUCAAGUCCGUGUUUAUCCUGGUAGAGGUCACGGCUUUGCUCACCAUUCAGAGUCUCUCGAGGAAGAUAAAGAUGCCGAACAUGCAUUCACCACUGCAAGAAAUUGGCUGCACAAAUACUUAGUUGAAAAUGUAAAUGUUACUGAAUGAAGAAUAACUUUCUUUCUGAAAGUGUAAAUUAUUUUUAUUUUCUGAAGUGCAACCGUAUGUUAAUGCUAGAAGAAUUAAGUUCACAUCUUAUUGGAGGAACUGAUUCUUUGCAUUUUUGAAUUGUAGUAGGUAGUCACCAUGCCUUGUGUGAAUUGUUCAUUUAGCAUUCAUAAUCUUUUCUUUAUGAUC